UCGAUAUGUUUGCGUGGUCUUAAUUUUUGUUGUGGAUUUGUGUUUUUUUUUGUUGAUAAAAUUUCGAUUUACAAUCAUUUCUAAAUAUGUAAUUUAUCCUCUGGUAAUUAAUUAGUUUUAAUCAAAUUAUCCGAUUUCAAUUUCGAAUAAGAUUCAUUCAUUCAUUUGUAAUUUACAAAAUACAAAAUACAAAAACUUAAUUUGAGCAAAUGGAUUCAGAACAUGAUCAUGGACAUCAUUUAAACAAUGAUGAUGGUCCACAUAUUUAUCAUGGAAUCGAUAUAACCAAAGUAAAUAUAAGUUCAUUACCGAAAAGUCAACAAGAACAUUUACUUAUGCAUGAAAAACAUCGUGGUCAUGAAUCGAUGCAUGCUAUUAUGUUACUCAUAUUGAUUAGUGCAAUGUUUAUUUCACAAAUAUUAUUAAUUUAUUGGCGUAAAAAACAUUUUAAAUCAUAUCAAAAUGUUUCCAUGUUUGGUAUGUGGAUCAUACCAUUAUUCUUAUCAGCCUAUCAACAUUAUUGGCGUUUUAUAAUUAUUUGGUUAUUUAUUUCAGCGAUGACAAUGUUAUUAAUAUAUCGACCAUUAUUCUAUAAGAAACUAGGUACUAAUGGUUCAUCCAUUCCACGACAAGUAUAUCGUUGGUUCUUUUAUUUAUAUUCAUUAUCAUCGGUGAUUGCUGUUACCGGUUAUUCAAUAAUAAUGUUAACAUUAUUAGGUGUCAAUAUUCUUUUGGGUAUAAAACCAAUGUAUACAUUAGAUAUUGGAAUAUUAUUAUUAUUCUAUGGCAUUUAUUAUGGUGUUUUAACAAGAGAUUUUACCGAUUUUCUUGUCGAUAAAUUAGCUGCAAAUAUUGGCUAUUAUUCACCAUCAUCAUCAUUGCCUAGUAAACAAUUAAAUUCAAAAACCUGUGCAAUAUGUGGCCGUCCUCAUGGUGGUAAUCAUCGUACAUCAAUGUCAAUUAAUAGUCAUCAUAUAAUGGAUGAUAGCGAUCGAUCAAGUUUAUUAGCCGAUGAUCAUUUAUCCGAUUUGAAUAAUAUUGAUUGUUUUAAUGGUGGUAAUCAUAAUAAUAACAACAAUAAUAUGACAAUGGAUCCAUCAUUACAAGAAAAAACCUAUACAUUAUCAUGUGGCCAUACAUAUCAUCAAUAUUGUAUAUUUGGUUGGUGUUUAGUUGGUAAAAAACAAUUAUGUCCAUUCUGUCGUGAGAAAGUUGAUCUCAACAAAUUAUUCUCAUCAUUGCCUUUUCAAAAACCACAUUAUCUUUAUGGUAAUCUAUUGGAUUUUAUACGUUAUUUGAUUGCAUGGCAACCAUUAAUAUUGUUUGCCGUACAAGGUGUUAAUUAUAUUUUUGGUCUUGAAUAAUAAUAUUCAAAAAUAAUAAUCUAUUAAAU